GCUGCCAUCUGGUCACACUGCCCAGCGUUACAAUUGGCUGUCAAACCAAAACAUUCCCCAGUUCCUCAGUUUCCAAUUGGACGCCAGGAUCAAAGGAGCGCAGCCGCGGGCACAGGAGCACACGUAGCACACGGAGCCAAGGACCCGAGGAGCACCAGAAGCCAAGCUGCUGGCCAGGAUGAACGGACUGCCGCCGAGCAAGCACUACAACUUGACGCACUACCAGCAGCGCUACAAUUGGGACUGCGGACUGUCCUGCAUCAUCAUGAUCCUGUCGGCGCAGCAGCGGGAACAGCUCCUUGGCAACUUUGAGGCCGUGUGCGGCGAGGAGGGAUUUGGCUCGAGCACCUGGACCAUCGACCUGUGCUAUCUGCUGAUGCGCUACCAGGUGCGCCACGAGUACUUCACCCAGACGCUCGGCAUUGACCCGAACUAUGCGCAGCACACGUACUACUCCAAGAUCAUCGACAAGGACGAACGGCGGGUGACGCGCAAGUUCAAGGACGCCCGGGCACACGGACUGCGCGUGGAGCAGCGCACCGUGGACAUGGAGGUCAUACUGCGCCAUUUGGCCCGCCACGGACCCGUCAUCCUGCUGACCAACGCCUCGCUGCUCACGUGCGAGGUGUGCAAGCGCAAUGUCCUGGAAAAGUUCGGCUGUUUUCACCUACCUUGCAUUGUUCAAAACACACGCCUGCGUGGACCCAAAAGGUACGCCGGACACUAUGUGGUGCUCUGCGGCUACGAUAUGGCCGCCCAGAAGCUCUUCUACCACAAUCCCGAAGUGCACGAUGGCCACAUUUGUCGCUGCCUCAUCGAGUCCAUGGACACUGCCCGUCGCGCCUACGGCACCGACGAGGACAUCAUUUUCAUAUACGAGAAGCAGGCCACUAAGGAGUAGAUGGAUUAACCCAGAAAAUUAACCGUGGAACAGGAACAGGAGUACCUGCCGUCGCCAGGUUGCCAGGUGAUGAUGAGAAAGGAGGAUUGCAAUCUGCGCUUGUGAUAUUAGGUCUUUAGGAGGAGAGCAUGUACAUGUACAUCUAUAUGCGACCUACGAGUGGUUGCUUGGUUAACUUUGGCACAACAGUGUACUUUAUUUAGGUAUUGUUAGCAGUUAGCAGUUGGUCCCCAUACAAAAAACGAUUGAAUAACAAUUACACACACGUCUAUGUAAACUUGCCAGGCAGCGUCCGCAUUCUAGAGGCGUUCCAUUGACCUGGCGCUCCAAAAACUGUCAGGGGAAAGUAAUCCAAUGUUAUUACUUAAUACUUAGUUAGUUAGUUUACAGAGAACAAUAGGAAUUGUUCUUAGCUUACUUUUCGUUUAGUGCUCCCAAAACUAAUUUCCAUAUUUGUAGUACGAAAACAUUCCAAUAAGUUGCAAUAUGGUGCAUGUAUGUAGAAAAUAAAUAAGAUUAUUGUUCCAAAAAAA